UACUUUAGAUUGUGAUAAUUGGCGUUUACAUAAAAUCAGUCGCAUUAGUAAGAAAAAGGUCCGAAGAAUCAAAGGUGCCAAUUCGCUUUUUGAUUUAGGUGAUGAGAGAGUUUUGAAAUAUGAUAAGGAAGAGUUAUUGAGGAUCUUGGAAGACAAUC